GCGUCCGGCCUGGCGCGCCACCUAGUUGACCCCCAGUCCCGCAAGGUGUUUGGUCUCUGACUUCCGCAAGGUGUAGAAAGAAUGAAUGAUGCUUCCGCCGGGACCCCCGUCGUUCUUACAGCGAGCCCCACCCCCCGCCAUGCCCUGGGUUGGUCCGCGCUGCCCCACCUGUCCUCCUCCCAACAGGUGACCUUGGGCACCGGGCGGAGGCGGGAGAGCUUUUCAGACAGGUGCAUGGACAAAAGCAAAGUGCGUUGGUGGUUUAGGGAGGCCCACGAGGGCCUGUGAGGUUGCUGUGGUUCCUCCCGGCUGCUGAGUGCCUUUGGAGGGCGGGAUCCUGUGGUCGUUUGCAGGAUGCGCCACCAGCCCUCAGCCAGACACUUGGUGGCCAGUGCCUGUGUUACCUGUAGCUGUUUGCGCUCCCUGGUCCUGAAGUAUCCUGGCCUCAGGGAUGAAGGUUGUCAGAGCUCAGGAAGGAAAAAGGGGCGUAUGGUUCCUUGUGGCAUCUCCCCCUCGCCUGGGAGACCCAUGGGGAACAAAUCCGGGCCCUGCCAUUUACCCAAGGAGGUGCCACCCCAUCAGUGUGCCUUUCCUGUGUGGUUAGUGAUGAGGGCACUGCCCCUCGGUCCCUGUUCGGGUGGAUGGAAAUGUAUUUAACAGCAAAAACUGGGGUAAAUGCUUCAUAGCCUCCUUACUUGUAGUUACUCUGAUUAUGGAGGAAUGUCCAGUUUACUCUUUUCAACACUGUGUUAGAGUAAUCUGUCUUAAAAUCUCGCUUCUGGUUUGUAAAAUGCAAGACUUUGCAUGAAUUGGUGGAGCUCCCAUAGCCUUUCGCUGACUGUGCCAUGAAGGUGAUGAGAUGUCAUGGGCUGUGGAAGAAACAGUGAAAAUCCCAAAGCACACUGAGCACUGAGUAAUUUCUGUUUAAAUCGCACAACUGUUACUGGUGAAGUGGGAACUAUUAUUGUAUUGAUCCAGAACCCGAGGCUCAGAGAAAUGAAGUGAUGUCUUCAAGGUAACACAGCUGGCAAGUGUCGGGUUUCAAGAGUUUGGAUGCAAGCCACAGGAGACUGACUUAAGAACUGGGGACUUACAGUCCCUCUCACCAGGAUGUGAAGCCCUCAGCAUGGGGCAGGCAGCUAGCAGGACCAGUGAGGCUCAGAUAUCUGUGACCUUCGAUGAUGUGGCCGUGACUUUUACCCAGGAGGAGUGGGGGCAGCUGGACCCGGCCCAGAGGACCCUGUACCAGGAGGUGAUGCUGGAAAACUGUGGCCUUCUGGUGUCUCUGGGGUGUCCUGUUCCUAGACCUGAGCUGAUCUACCAGCUGGAGCACGGGCAAGAGCUGUGGACAGUGAAGAGAGACCUGUCUCAAAUCACCUAUCCAGGUGACAAAGGAAAACCCAAGAUCACAGAAUCUACUGCUAGUGAGCCAGCCCUGUCUGAGGGAGUCUCCUUCCAGGAACGACUAACACAAGGAGUUCCAGGGAUCUCCCAGGUGGGCCGAACUAAGGAUCAGGAUGGGUCAUUGGAAAUGCAAGAAGGACACCUGAUACCAGAGAUAGACCCCCAGAAGGAGAAACUCCCUGGGAAAUCAAGCUCUGAACAUGGCAACAUAGGGACAGCUGAUAAUGUGUGUUCAGGGGUUGUAGAGGAGCCAGUCCCUUUGGGAAGUGCUGUCCAUGACCAUGAUUCAUGUGGGUCAGGUAAAGAUUCUGUGAUUCAGGAAGAAGAAAAUAUCUUUAAAUGCAAUGAAUGUGGGAAAGUUUUUAACAAGAAACGCCUCCUUGCUCGACAUGAGAGGAUUCACUCUGGAGUGAAGCCCUAUGAAUGCACCGAGUGUGGGAAAACAUUUAGUAAAAGCACUUAUCUCCUUCAACACCACAUGGUCCACACAGGGGAGAAGCCCUAUAAGUGUAUGGAGUGUGGGAAGGCCUUCAACCGUAAGUCACACCUUACACAGCACCAGCGGAUUCACAGUGGAGAGAAGCCUUAUAAGUGCAAUGAAUGUGGAAAGGCCUUCACCCAUCGCUCCACUUUUGUCUUGCAUAACAGAAGCCACACUGGAGAAAAACCCUUUGUGUGCAAAGAAUGUGGAAAAGCCUUCCGAGAUAGGCCAGGUUUCAUUCGUCACUACAUCAUCCACAGUGGCGAGAAUCCCUAUGAAUGCUUUGAGUGUGGCAAGGUAUUUAAACACAGGUCAUACCUCAUGUGGCACCAGCAGACUCACACUGGGGAGAAGCCCUACGAGUGCAGUGAGUGUGGGAAAGCCUUCUGUGAGAGUGCAGCCCUCAUUCACCACUACGUCAUCCACACUGGGGAGAAGCCCUUUGAGUGCCUAGAGUGUGGGAAGGCCUUCAACCACAGAUCAUACCUCAAGAGGCACCAGAGGAUUCACACUGGGGAGAAACCCUAUGUGUGCAACGAGUGUGGAAAGGCCUUCACCCACUGCUCUACUUUCAUCUUGCAUAAAAGGGCCCACACUGGAGAAAAACCUUUUGAGUGCAAAGAAUGUGGGAAAGCCUUUAGCAAUCGUGCAGACCUCAUUCGACACUUCAGCAUCCACACUGGAGAGAAGCCGUAUGAGUGCAUGGAGUGUGGGAAGGCCUUCAACCGCCGUUCAGGGCUCACAAGGCACCAACGGAUUCACAGUGGAGAGAAGCCUUAUGAAUGCGUCGAGUGUGGGAAAACCUUCUGUUGGAGCACAAACCUCAUUCGACACUCUAUCAUCCACACUGGAGAGAAGCCUUAUGAGUGCAGUGAGUGUGGAAAAGCCUUCAGUCGCAGCUCAUCCCUCACUCAGCAUCAGAGGAUUCAUACUGGGAGAAACUCUGUCAGUGUAACAGAAGUGGGAAGACCCUUCCCGAGUGGGCAGUCCUCAGUCAACCUCCAAGAGCUCCUAUUGGGGAAAGACUUCUUGAAUGUAACCACUGAGGAAACAUCUUACUCAGAAUCUGAUCAUUCAUACCAAAGAGAAACCCCUCAGUUUCCUUCCCUAUGAGAAACCCUUUUGUUGCAGGGUAUCAUUUGUCAUCUAAGGAGUCAGACUGGAAAUUUACCCAGUCUAGAGCUUUAUUCUACAUCUGAGAAUUCAUCCAGGGGAGACCCAGUGGUUAUAUGCACAUAGGAAAAUCUCCAGCUACAUCUCUUUCCUUAAUUUACACUGCAGUAUUACCUCAGGAAAUUUUUUUUUUUUUUUUCUAAAGAAAGGAGAGACUUAGAAGAGAAAAUGAACUGCAAACACAAACACAUUUUCUUCCAGACUUCCUUGCCAAGCCUUUGGCACUUUGUGUUGAAUUCCCUAGUUUACUUGGCAGGAGAAGGGUUUUGUUUUAGAGGUAAAGGACCUAGACUUUUAUGUGUCUUGUAUAUAUAUUCAUUACUGUCCAGUAUCAAGAGAGUUAAUUGAGGGCAGGUUUGGAAACUUCAUGAACGUCUUCUUUGUUCUAAAACAUUGUCUCUGUUCUUAAGGAGCUUAAUUUUUGUGAGAAAUAUAAAGGCUGGAGCCAUCAAACACCUUUAUAUUUGAGGAGAUAAGAACACACAUAUGAAUGGGCACAUUUUAUUGCACCAGUUAAAACUGUUUAAGGCUUUGAUUUUUUUUUGAAAAAACGAACCUUCAUGUGGUUUUAAGGAGCUGAUACUUAGACUUUUUCUUGGUCCUGUACUAUUGGUUUACUUGAUUGCUGUAAUUAGAUGGUAAAUCUUCUAGUUGUGUAAGAUAAUUUCUCUCUUUAUUCUUUUUAUUUAAAACUGGUUUAACAGUCAUUACUUUGAAUUUCCACAUAAAGUUUUGGAGAAGCUUGUCUAUUUUAAUGAAAAACUAUUGAAUUUCAGUAGAAAUUGAGUUAAAUUGUCAGAUCAAUUUGUUGAGAAUUGGCAUCUUUACCGUGUUGAGUCUUCAAUUUAUGAACACAGUAUGUCUCUAUGUUUAUUUAAGUAUUGCUUGAUUUACUUCAUCACUGUUUUGUAAAUUUCAAUAAUAGGUCCUGCAUGAUUUUUAUAAGGUUUAUAUCUAGGUGGUUUUUUUUCUUUUAUUAUAAAUGGCAUUGAUUUUUAAACUCUCAAUUUCCACACAAGUUUUGAUAGUGUGCAGAAAUGUAAUUAAAAUUUGGAUGUCAUUUUUGUAUCCUGCAACCUUGCUGAACUGUAGGCAUUUAUUUGUUUGAUAGAAUGCUUGGGGUUAGAAAACAUAGAAAUAUCAUCUACAAAAGAGACAGUUUUAUUUCUUCCUUACCAUCUGUAUACCUAGUAUUUUCUUGUCUGCUGUACUAGCUAGGAUUUCCAAUAUGAUGUUGAACAGUAUUAGUAACUACUUGUCUGGUUUCUGAUAUUAGGGGGAAAACAUUCAGUUUUUCAUCAAGUAUGAUGUUAGUAUGAGGUUUUCUUUAUAGAAGUUUCUUAUCAAGUUUAGAAAGUUUCCCAUAUUCCUGAUUUGCUGUGGUUUUGUUGUUGUUGUUGUUGUUGUUAUGAACGGGUGUUGAAUUUUAUCACAUAUUUUUUCUCU